ACCAUAAAGCGCUACGGGCUGCUGAACCGAGGCCAGCCGGGAGCACCCGAUCGCUACGAAGAUUUGCUUUCCCUAGGCGCAAGUGUCAAUUCCUUCUGCUAACUUCAACCAUAUCUCUGGACUGGGAUGUUGAUACGCCGGAUUUGAACAGUAUUUUGAUUAACAGCAGAAGUCGCCGAAACGUUUGAGUAGUUUGUUGUAACAGUAUGUCCGAGAACGAGCGGAAAGAUUGGUUGCUCGAUGUGGAGGGGUUGAAAACUGAUUUAGACAAUCAAUGUCUGGAUAGUGUACAUGCUAAACUAGAUUCAACUGCUCGAGCCUUUGCAAGUGAGCACACUAGGAGUAAUGUUCCACCACUCAUAUUAGAUGCACUUAUGGAUGUUGUUCACAUUGGUGUGGAUUUAAUAAAAUGUGAAAAAGAUGGUACAGCUAAAGUUUUGACAGAAAGCUUUAGGACAUUGAGAAAUGCAUGUGCAGGUCAGGUUAAUACUCAGAAUAAGCUUGGCAGCAAUAAAACAUUGCUUGAAGAUACAGUGAAAAUUCUGGAAUUUGCAUAUGCAUCAGCAGAUGAACAGUGGAUUACAUGUUUGCAGAUUGGAAUUCAGUUUUUGGGGAAUCUGAUUGUGAAAAAUGAAGAAAACCAAUUGCGUAUUUGGAAGAAAUUCUCGGUGCUUCUACUGAAAUUCUUGCAGCAUGAAAAUCAGAAAGUUGCCAGCUAUUCUUCAAUGGUAAUUUAUAAUGUACUUUUGGGCCAUAAUCAGAUUUCGGAAGAUAUUGAUGCAGCUGGCUUGGAAAUUAUAAUUGACCGUGCCAUUAAUGACUGUGAAUUUGCGUCAUUCAUUGCUGAUAUGCUAGUCCGAACAGAAGGCUAUUUGCAAUCAGUGUACAAGGAACUUCAGUAUAAGCCAAGGCUAUUUGUUCUUGAUGCAGUUUUUGAAGCUGUUGGAUGUAAACCUGGAGAAAUUGAUGAACCUGUAAAGUUGCCAACUAUACAACCGGAUACUAUUUUGUUCCUUGCUGAAGAAUUUAAAAGACGUUCAUUUUUCAUCCUUAAAACUGUUGAUAAAUAUGUUGAUGAAAUUGAACCAUUGGAAGUAGCUAAACUACUUGAAGUCAUUGCAUCAGCAUCUGGUAAAAGUCCAUACUUGGAGGAACUGCAGAAAGAUAAAUCACUCCUUAUUGAUUGCACAUUUUUACUGAAAAGCAUGCAAAGUCUGGGACAGGAAGGUGAUAAUAAUUUCUCAGUAAUACAGAGUCUAUCUGAGUUAGAUUUGAAAGGAAAAGACACUGCUCUGCAGCAGCAUCCAGCCUUUGGCUUUAAAGUAGACCUGGUACGGCUAAUGGGUAAUCUUUGUUGGAAACACAAAGAAAACCAACACCAGGUUGUUGAGCUUGAAGGUGUGCAGCUCCUCCUCGAUUGCUGUAAAAUUGAUGCAAGAAAUCCAUUCGUGAUGCAGUGGGCUAUCCUUGCAAUUCGUAAUAUGUGCGAAGAUAAUAAGGAAUGCCAGGAAGUCAUUGCAGGAAUGACAAAGAAGGGUGAAAUUGAUGCAACAACACUAAACCAGAUUGGCCUCACUCUCCAUUCAGGACCUGAUGGUGGAGUUGGUAUUGCACCACUGCCUCGUUGAAUUCACAACAUACUUUUUGGGAAGUGGAUAAUUAUUUUGGUUGAUCCCAGGCCACAAAGUGUGUCCUUAAAUGGCAGCUGGAGAUGGUCAGGUAAAUGACUUGUAUCACAAUGCCCAUCAUACAUCUCAUCAUGUUUGAGCCAAAAUUUGAUUCUCUGAAGAAUAUAUUUUGGGAAUUCCUUUGCUAAAUGCUGAACAAAUGGUUUAUAUGAACUGGAGAUCAUAUUUAGGCAAAGUAUCAUGUUAUGACUGUGUCAUAAACAAAACUAUUUCUUGCAGUGCAAGUUUUCAUAAUCACUCCUGUGCACACUAUCAGCUGGGCACCUGAUGUAAUGUUAUUUCACUGGAUGAAAUGUAAUAGCAAGCAUUCUGAUUUAUGCGGGAUGUUCUUACAAUAAAUUGGACUGUUUCUCAGUGUCA